AUGGCAACCACGACGGACCCCAAGGUCGAUGCGACCACCAAACCAUCUCCGUCAAAGACUUCGUCAAAGAUGCACAGACGCUCACGAUCAGGUUGCUUCACCUGUCGUCUCCGCCGCAAGAAGUGUGACGAGGGUCGGCCCAAGUGCAAAGCAUGCAGGCACCUCGGGCUCACCUGCGAGUACAAGCGCCCUCUCUGGUGGUCCAACAAUGAGACUCGUCGGAAGCAGAAAGACGACAUCAAGGAGCUCAUCAAGCGGACCAAGACCAACGAGAAGAGUAUGUCGUCUUUAUUUCAUAACAGUCUUCUUCAGCAAGGGCAACCCACCUCGCCUCCCAAUCCUUCCUUAGUCUUCAUGUCUCUUCGCAAGUCGUCUUCCUAUGCAUCCUCAAGGAACAAAGUACCAACCCGUUCAACCCCUGCAGAUGCCCCGCCGGGUACUUCACGUGGUUCAACCCUCCAUGGCCACAGUCAUCAUACGUCCCAGCACAACCUGCAGUCAGGUGCCUCAUCGCCAGACUCCGAAGACUAUGAUCAAUUUGACCAGUCCUUCGCCACGCCUGGCUUCUACGACCCGUACCACAUGCCGAUGUACUCGGGCUCCAUGACACAGACUCCUGUCCAGUAUAGCCAACACCCUUACGAGGUCGAUGUCAGGACCGAGAGACAGAUGUUCGUCAACGACGUACCCACACGCAGGGAUUCAUCCAUCUCCACCUUCUCCACAUGGGUGCCACCACCGCCCCAUGCGAUGCUGCCUUCUUACACCGGCGAGGAAUGGACACAACAGACAACUCACUCCACUGACAGCUACUACACUGCGCCCCCUCCUCACCGUCUAGACACCGAGUACGACGAGCUCUCCAACGAAGAGGAUCUCGACUUCAACUUCUUCCAGUACUCGCACCCUCACCCUCAUCACCUGAACCAUCCUCUGCCCUCGGCGCAGCUCAGCGUGAAACCCGAGGCCGUAUCGAGUACCGACGACGCCAAUGCCCUGAUUCCACUUGAUGAUGCGGACCGCCCACUCUUCAGCUACAUGCUGGCCAAUGUCCUGCCGCUGCUCUUCCCCAUCCUCAACGCGAACCAACACGGCAGCGUGCGCACCGAUAUCUUGCUGCCCGCGCUCGAGAACAACAAGGCAUACUUACACUCCUGCCUCACCGCUGCAGCUGUUCACCAGCGAGCCGCGCUUGGCACCCCGGGGCAUCCUCCUGUCGAUGAAUCUGACUUGGCCAUCAUCGAGGGCGACAUUGUGCGACACAAGUACUCGUUUGUGCAAGAAGUCGUCACCGCGCUCUCUAACGACACGCACCACGUUGAAAUCCUCGAGGCGACUCUGGGCAUGAUUUCAUUUUCGACCUGCGUUGGCCGUGCUCCUCCCUCGUCUCUGCCCACACAAUCUCUCCCCUCGCCGACCCUUGAGGCCCCCGACUUAACCGCGGCCGACAUCCCCUGGCACUCGCACUUCCAAGCCGCGACGGAGCUCGUGACCAAGCUCGCGCUCCCGCAGAGCCUCGAGUCUAUGCCCGCGACCGGUGCGUCUCCUCCGUUCAACAUGACCCUCACGGCUUGGAUCGACAUCCUCGGCUCCACUAUGCUCGGCCGCUCGCCAACUUUUGCCAACACGUACCGUACGAAGCACCUCUCUGGCUCUACCUCAGGACUCGCCGAACUAAUGGGCUGCCACGAUGGCGUUAUGUACCUGCUCUCUGAAAUCGCGUGCCUCGACAGCCUGAAACGCGAUGGUAAGCUCGACGACCACGCUAUCUGUUCACAUGUGGCCUCCCUCGGCGAGCAGCUCAACGCUACAGAAACAGUCACGUCUGUCGAUGAGAGUGGCAAUACCGUCUCUCUGCCCAUUCACCCGCAGUCGCCGUAUUCGCGCUCGGGCGCACUGCGGCCCCGUCAGCUGUCCAAGAACAUCACGGCCAUCUUCCAGAAGGCUGCGCGCGUUUACCUGUGCUCGCUGGUACCCCAAUAUCAGCGCAGCCAACCCGCCGCCUGCGCCCUCAUCGAGCAGAUGACCGAGAUGCUAGCUUCCGUACCCUCCGGUCCCAACGGCUUCGACAAGUGCUUGGUGUGGCCGUAUCUGAUCUGCGGUGCUAACAGCAUGCCGGCGUCGCCCUUUCGGCGCGCGCUGGCUGAGCGCGUCGAGUUGCUUGGCGACGAGGCCGAGACGGGCAGUUUUGGUAGAAUGGUGCGCCUUUUGCACGAGGUGUGGCGUCGCAGUGACGCGGUUGAGGGCGGUGCGUGUGAAGCAACGCCGGUGACGCAGAGUGGCGGCAGUCCGACGACGGGUGGGACCACGCCAGUGGUGGGUGCCGGGAUCGUGGCUGCUGCGGUGCAGGCACAGCAGCAGCAGAUCACGCCGACCAAGCAGGUUGGUGGCGGCAAUGGGUCCGCGCAGAGCGUCCACUGGCGGGACGUUAUGCAGAUGAAUGGCUGGGACUUUUUGCUGAUAUGA